AUGAACUAUCCACCCAUGCAUGGUCCCUACCCACAAAAUAUCAACAAUCCCUUUGGAGGACCACCAAAUUUCCAGCACUUCCCUUUCCCACCAGCUGCCUACCAUGGAGGUUACCACGACAAUGGUCCAACAUCUCCAAUUAGACCGAUGGACUUCUUUGGACCUAGUGGUGGCAGCAACUCAAGGGGUGAUGAGAGCAGCCCCAUCGCUUCAUCUUCUCCGGUGUCCAGAGCCCCUCCAAUGAAGUCAAUACCUAUUCGUAUUGAAGAAGACAGUGAGAGCAACACUAAAGAUGACAACGGGCACAGAAUGCCCGCAUGCCCGCGGGCAUGGAACCCGAUGGGCAAGGAUACGGGCACCACUUCUUGCCCGCGGGCAUGGGCGCGGGCACCAUCCUGA